GACUGAAUCUAGUUUCAGAGAGAGAGAUUCAAAAGCAGAAUUUAAAAAAUAAAUAAAUAAAUUUUUAAAAAAAGUGUGGGGGGAGAAGAGAGAGAAAGAAGGAAAAGCAGACGAGUGGAUUUUAAACAAACAGAUCUUCCUGAAGAAGACCAUUCUUGCUCCUCGCUGCUGGGAAAGCUACUCUGAACCCUGCUGUAUAUUUUUUUUUUUUUUCCAAAGGAGAAGACUUGAUUGUCUGCUUGGAUCUAAUGAUUUACUGGCUUUUAACUGCGUUUUUCCCCUCUCCUAAGGAUUCCUCAAAAAACGGCUUAAUUAUUUUCAGCUUUUCUCUUCUACCUGCCUGUCUGCAGAGACACCAAAGGUUCUCCCUUCCUCUCCCUCCCCACCCCCAUUUCUUUUAGGAUUUUUUCCCCUUUUCCAUUUAAUAUAUACAUAUAUAUAUAUAUAAAUGUGUAUGUAUAUAUAUAUGUAGUGGCAAGAGUGGAGGAAGCGGAGGGGGAGAGAGAGCUCUGCCAUCCUUUUGGACUUCACGCACUGCCCGAUGUUGGGCUGGUUACCCCUGGAUAUGUUGCUGGUUUCCAUUUGGAAUUUGACGAAGGGAAGAAGGAGGAUAUAAAACCUGGGGAGCUCGGCAAGGUGUUGUUUAUGGCCACAGGAGGGAGCUCAAAUCCAGACAUGGGAGGAUCGGCUUGAUUUCGGAUCCAGAGCCUCUUAAACUCUGCUUUUCCUCUAAGCUGGUCCCUGUUAUGUCCAGGAUCUGGCACCUGCUUGACAUUUACUUUGAGUUCCAGAGGACCCGAGACCUAGGAUGAGGAGCAUUGGAUCCGCCCUGAACCUGCUUUUGGUAUCGCCACUCUACUUUGUGUGGACCGUGGUCGCUCUGGACCUGGCACAGACUCCCUGCACCACUUUGGUCCAAGGGAAAUUCUUUGGGUAUUUCUCCUCCUUCGCCGUCUUCCCGUUGAACUCCUCCCUGUGCUCUUGGAUUAUCCAGAACCCCGACCCUCGCAGGUACACUUUGUACAUGAAGAUCCUCAAACCCUCCGGCGUAUGUGACCACCAGCACAUCCGCACCUACCAGUUCGACUCCUUCCUGGAGUCCACCCGCACCUACCUGGGCAUGGAGAGCUUUGAUGAUGUCUUGAAGCUCUGCGAUGGCUCCACCCGCUUUGCCUUCCUCCAGUCCAACAAACAAUUCCUGCAGAUGAAGCAGACGGCCCCGCCGGGCGUGGACACCUGGCCCAUGCGGUGGAAGCCCACCAAGGCUCAGGAGAGGGACUUCUCCGUGGAGUAUCUGGUGGUGGGCAACAGGAACCCCAGCAAAGCCGCCUGCCAGAUGCUCUGCAAGUGGCUGGACGCCUGCCUGGCCAUCAGCAGCAGCUCCCACCCCUGUGGCAUCAUGCAGACCCCGUGCUCCUGCUCGGGAGGGGAGGUCCUGGAUCAGGCCAGCGAGAUCCUGGGGUUCACCAGGAAGAAGGAGGAUUGCUACAAGGAUGGAAUUUACCUGGAGAACUGCGUGAGCAGCCCCAAGGACAGCAACGGAGCGGAGUUCCUGGGUGGUUGGAACUCCUGGUCGGCUUGGGGCGACUGCACCAAGGACUGCGGGGGCGGCCUGCAGACCCGCAUGCGCUCCUGCAAGCCCCUUCCCAACGAGGGCCUGGCCUGCGAGGGAGUGCUGGAGGAAGGACGGCUGUGCAAUAGGAAGGCUUGCAAUAGCUUCUUGAAGUGGUGA